AUGCGCCGCCCUGUGCGUGAGCGGCUCUCCACCGCUGCGAUUGCCGCGGUGAGGCGAGGAUGUGGGUGUGCGAAUGCCUGCGGCGGAGAGGCGCGGUCGUACGAUGUCCUUCGCGGUGAGGGAAGCAACGUCGAGGUGCGAGCGUGGAUCAGGGGUGUUGAGGUGGAGCGCUCAGCGCACGAGCAGCUCCUUCAACUCUCGCGUAUGGGUGAAGUCAUUCGGCACCCCAUUGCCGUCAUGCCGGACGUCCACACAGGCCAAGGCGCCACAGUGGGAACCGUCAUCCCGACGACAAACGCGCUGAUUCCUGCGAGUGUUGGGGUGGACAUUGGCUGCGGCAUGAUUGCGGCGAAAACCACCCUCACCCCAGAGGACCUUCCCGGGUCGCUCGCCGAGUUACGACUGGCCAUUGAGGUCGCCGUCCCGCAUGGACGAACGCACAACGGCAGAAGCGGUCUUGAUGCUGGAAGUUGGCGCGGCGAUAUACCAAAAAAUGUUGCCGAUAUUUGGAAUACACAUUUACGGAGGGAUUUUGAGGAGAUUUGCGCGACGCAGAGGGCGAUUGAAGCCAGUAACCACGUCUCCCACCUCGGGACACUCGGCAGUGGAAAUCAUUUUAUUGAACUUUGCAUUGAUGACGCCCAACACCCUUAUGUGUGGGUGAUGCUGCAUUCUGGAUCGAGGGGAGUGGGGAAUCGCAUUGGCACCAUCUUUAUCGAGCUUGCCAAGAAGGAUAUGGGCAAUCACCUCACCCACUUGCCCAGCGCCGACCUUGCAUACCUGCGAGAGGGGUCCCCGCACUUUGACCAGUAUGUGAAAGCCGUUGACUGGGCUCAGCGUUACGCCAAGUGGAACCGCGAAAUCAUGCUGCAGAAUGUCCUGCAGGCCAUGCGGAGUUGUCUCCCGAAGCCCUUUAGUGUUGGCGCGAUGGUCAUCAACUGUCAUCACAAUUACGUUGAGCGUGUGGAGUUAGACCCACAUAAUUGUGUUUGGCUGACACGAAAAGGGGCGACUUCGGCACGUGGUGGGGAACUGGCAGUGAUUCCAGGUAGCAUGGGAGCGAAGAGCUACAUUGUACGUGGAAAGGGCAGUCCGCUCAGUUAUGCCUCCUGCUCACACGGUGCUGGGAGGCGCUACAGUCGUGGAGAGGCAAGGCGGCGCUUCACACUCGAGGAUCAUGAGGCGGCCACGGCUGAUGUGGAGUGUCGCAAGGACGCCGAUGUGCUCGACGAGACCCCUCUGGCGUACAAGAAGAUUGAUGAAGUGAUGCAGGCUCAAGAAGAUCUUGUGGAAGUUGUUUGUGCGCUUAAGCAAGUCCUUUGCGUGAAGGGGUAA